ACUCUUGUCAGACUUUCGACAGUCUUUCAACACAUUCUUCACAGAACUUUGGCAGACCUUCAGGAUGGCAAACAUGGCAGCUGAGCUGGCCCGGAGGAAGGCCCGGGAGGAGGAUGGUGCGGGCAGCCAGGCCAAUGCCGUCCCCUUCAACCAGCAGGACUUUGAGCAGCUUCGCAGCAAGUGCCUGCAGAGUGGUUCGCUGUUCUGUGACCCAACCUUCCCUGCAAGUUGGGACUCUCUGGGUUACAACCAGCUGGGCCGCUACUCGUGCAAAACCGUCGGAGUGGAGUGGAAACGCCCCAAGGAGCUGUGUUCUGAUCCUCAGUUCAUCAUGGAUGGAGCAAACAGAACUGACAUCUGUCAGGGAGCUCUGGGUGACUGCUGGCUGCUGGCUGCCAUCGCCUCCCUGACUCUGGACCCUCAGAUUCUGAACAGAGUGGUGCCUCCUAGUCAGAGCUUCACGUCACAGUAUGCCGGCAUCUUUCACUUCCAGCUGUGGCAGUAUGGGGAGUGGGUGGACGUGGUGAUCGAUGACCAGCUGCCGGCCAAAGACGGAGAGCUGCUGUUUGUCCACUCGGCUGAGGGGAGGGAGUUCUGGAGUGCCCUGCUGGAGAAGGCCUACGCCAAGGUGAACAGCUCGUACGAGGCUCUGAGCGGAGGCUCGUCCAUUGAAGGUUGUGAGGAUUUUACCGGAGGAAUCUCAGAGAGCUACGACCUGAAGGAGGCUCCGCCCUUCCUGGUCAACAUCAUGAGGAAAGCUCUGAAGCUCGGCUCGCUGCUCGGCUGCUCCAUCGACAUUUCCAGCUCGCAGGACAAGGAGGCCAUCACCCCUCAGCACCUGGUUAAAGGCCACGCCUACUCCGUCACCGGAGCACAGCAGGUUCAUAACUGCGGCUCUUUGGUGGACCUGGUGAGGAUCCGAAACCCCUGGGGCACGGUGGAGUGGACCGGGGCCUGGAGCGACGAUUCAAAAGAAUGGGACGAAGUUGAGCCCGAGGAGAAGAGGAAGCUGGAUUACUCUGCUGACGAUGGAGAGUUCUGGAUGUCCUACAAUGACUUCCUGCAUCAUUUCUCUUCCCUCGACAUCUGCAACCUGACGCCUGAUGCACUGGCCAGCGAUGAGGUCGGUCGCUGGAACUACGCAGAGUUCGAAGGACAGUGGAGAGUCGGCUCCACCGCUGGAGGCUGCAGGAACUACCUCGCCACAUUCUGCUCCAACCCUCAGUUCUUCAUCCGGCUGGAGGACAUGGACGACGACCCACACGACGGCGUGGACGGCUGCACCGUCCUGAUUGGUCUGAUGCAGAAAGAUGCUCGCAGAGAGAGCCGCUUCGGACGAGACCUCAACUCCAUCGGAUUCGCCAUCUACAAGGUUCCUGAUGAGUACAAAGGUCGCAGUAACGUCCGCCUGGGCCCGGACGUCCUGCUGAGGACGCCGGCUGUGACCAACAGUAAGUUCAUCAACCUGCGGGAGGUGUGAAACCCCCCGGGAGAGUAUGCCACCACCCCCCCCACCUUCGAGCCGCACCGCAAAGGAAGCUUCAUUCUGAGGGUGUUCACAGAGAAAGAGGCCCACACCAGCCCGAUGGAAGAGGACAUCCACGCCGACAUCCCGGAGCCCAACAUCAAACACGACGACGUGGAUCCGCACUUCAAACAUCUCUUUGUCCGGAUCUCUGGAAACGACUCGGAGAUUUCCGCCCUUGAGCUCCAACAGAUUCUCGACAAAGUUUUGGCUCAGAGGUCUGAUGUAAAAAGUGACGGCUUCAGCCUGCAGACCUGCCGUGACAUCAUCAGCCUGCAGGACACGGACGGCAGCGGCACCCUGGCCCUGGUGGAGUUUCACCGCGUGUGGACAAAGAUGCAGAGAUACCUGGAUGUCUUUAAGGAUCAUGACUCGGACGGUUCUGGUACAAUGAGCAGUCAUGAGAUGCGAGCGGCUCUGGCUGAAGCUGGUUUCCAGGUGAACAGCACUGUGAUCCAGGAGGUUGUCAGGCACUACGCCGACUCCAGCUACGCCAUCAACUUCGAUGGCUUCAUCGGCUGCUUGGGCCGACUGGAGAUGCACCCA